CAUUAUUCAAGAAUUUUGGUAGUUAAAUGAAUGAGGAGACAUGCUUUAGUAGCGUCCACCGCUAAUUAUCUAGUAAUUUAGGGAGAUAUAAGAAGAAUACAUGGAUAACUACAAAUUGAGGUGGAAUUAUGUGUGUGACGUGUCAGCAGCCCCAUCUCUCUUGGCCAUCUCACACCCAACGAUGGAAUCAUCUAGAAAGUGAGAGAUGGGAUCUGACAAACAAAAAAGAGGAGAUGAGAGAGAAACCCACAAGGAAUGUAAUGGAGGAUGAAGAAACCAACACCACCCAACUCUCCUCCAUCAACCAACAGCCGCUGUUAUCUAAGCGUGAAUCAUCAUUGGAAGAAGAAGAUGAAAAUGCUACAGAUGAAGAAGAAAAGUUGGAGAAGGAGAGGGACAGCAGCAGCAGUAAAGAGAUAAUCAAAGAGCUGAAGAAUAUACAAAGGCAGAACACAAUCACUCAUUAUCUUCUCACAGCUUCAAUUCUAGUCACUCUGGCAUGGCAGCUCUCUGAGUUUUCUCUCAUUUUCAAAAUCAAACAAGGCUUCAGCAAUCCUCUCAGAUCCAUCGGAGGAGCAAUCAAAGGCGUGCUUAGUGCCAGUGAGCAGAAGCAAACGCAGGUUAUCCCGCCAACCUAUCUGCCAGGACUCAAGAUCCCGGACUGGCCCGGUUUCGACACCAGCAACGAGGAAGAUGAAGAUGAUAAUGACUAGACAGAGAUCAAUUUCUCAACACAAAAACAACUGUAAAUGUAUGGAGGUUCCAACAAGGUUUAUAUAUGCAAAAGUAUCAAGAUUGUCAGACA